UAUUUAGUAGCACAAUACGCGAUUCAGGAGUGAACAUGGAGGACGGAGAAGGAGGUCUGAGCUUCGACUUCGAAGGCGGCCUCGACGCAGCACCCACCCAACCCACCGCAUCCGUCCCUGUAAUCCACCAAUCCACCGAUAAUGGACCAUCCGCUUCUGCUGCAAACCUCAGCUACUCGGCUGCCCUUCCCUCGGCUGUUACAGACCCUGCUUCUGGUGCCGCCGCCGCAGCCAAUUUCGCCGGAAGGAGGAGUUACCGUCAGACCGUAUGCCGUCACUGGCUCCGUAGUUUGUGUAUGAAAGGGGAGGCCUGCGGGUUUCUUCACCAAUACGACAAAUCACGAAUGCCCAUUUGUCGAUUCUUCCGAUUGUAUGGAGAGUGCCGUGAACAGGAUUGUGUUUAUAAGCAUACAAACGAAGAUAUCAAGGAGUGUAACAUGUACAAGUUGGGAUUUUGUCCCAAUGGUCCUGACUGUCGGUAUAGACAUGCAAAGCUCCCAGGACCCCCUCCUUCAGUGGAAGAAGUACUCCAAAAGAUUCAGCAACUAACUUCCUACAAUUAUGGCAAUUCUAAUAGGUUUUUCCAGAACCGGAAUGCCAACCACUCUCAGCAAUCUGAAAAAUUUCAGUUUCCACAAGGUAACAAUGAUAUGAACCAAGCAACUAAACCUGCUACAACAGAUUCUGCUUCAUUGCAGCCUGUGCUGCCUUCGUCGCCACAGCAGCAGCAGCAGCAGCAGGUUGCACAGUCUCAACAACAGGUUAGCCAAUUAGGUCAGCCCCAAGCGCAGUCAAAUGGCCAACAAAAUCAAGCAAAUAAAACUUCAAUACCCCUACCUCAAGGAACAUCAAGCACUAGGUAUUUCAUUGUAAAAAGCUGCAACCGUGAAAAUCUUGAGUUAUCCGUUCAACAAGGAGUGUGGGCCACCCAAAGAAGCAAUGAGGCUAAACUAAAUGAGGCGUUUGAUUCUGUGGAGAAUGUUAUUUUAAUAUUUUCAGUCAACAGGACGCGGCAUUUUCAGGGCUGUGCAAAGAUGACUUCAAAAACUGGUGGAUCUGUUGGUGGAGGCAACUGGAAAUACGAACAUGGGACUGCACAUUAUGGACGGAAUUUCUGUGUCAAAUGGCUAAAGCUAUGUGAACUGUCCUUCCACAAAACUAGACACCUGAGGAACCCUUACAAUGAGAACUUACCUGUGAAGAUAAGCAGAGAUUGUCAAGAGCUAGAACCCUCGAUCGGUGAACAGUUGGCUUCGCUUUUGUAUCUUGAACCAGACAGCGAGCUCAUGGCAAUAUCACUUGCAGCAGAAUCAAAGCGGGAAGAGGAAAAAGCAAAAGGAGUUAAUCCAGAGAAUGCAAGUGAGAAUCCCGAUAUCGUCCCUUUUGAGGACAAUGAAGAAGAGGAAGAAGAAGAAAGUGAGGAAGAUGAGGACAGUUUUGAACAGGGUUUCGGCUUAGCGGCACAAGGCAGAGGAAGGGGAAGCAGAGGGAUGAUAUGGCCGCCUCAUAUGCCUAUGGGAAGGGGACCCCGCCCUAUGCCGGGGAUGAGGGGAUUCCCUCCUCUCAUGAAUAUGAUGGGAGGUGACGGAUUUUCUUUUGGAGGAGUGGGACCUGAUGGGUUUCCCGUGCCUGAUCUUAUGAACAUGGGUCCCCGUGGGUUUGGUCCAUUCGGACCUAGAUUCUCUGGCGAUUUCCAACGUCCACCAUUCGCAGGUAUGAUGUUUCAUGGCCGCCCUGGGCCUCACCAGCAUGGAAAUUUUCCCGGGGGUGGGUUUGGGAUGAUGAUGGGUCCUGGUCCUGGACCUGGACGGGCCCCUUUUAUGGGUUUGGGUGGUGGCGUGGCAGGAAGAGGUGGCGGCCGCCCUGUUUAUCCACAGCCACAGCAGCAGCUACAACCUCCACAGAACACCAGUCGCAGUAAGAGGGAUCAGGUGGCAGUGGGUGGUAAUGAUAGAUAUAGUGGCGGUGGUGGCUCCCAGCCCAUAGGCCAAGACAUCGGUAGACCUGAUGAUGAGGGUCAACCUGGUGGUGAAAAUACCUUCAAAAAUGGUGAAAGCGAAAGUGAAGAUGAAGCACCAAGGAGAUCCAGACAUGGAGAAGGAAAGAAGAAGAGGCGUGGCUCCGAGGGCGACGCUGCCACAAACUCUGAUGACAAAAUUUAGAAAUUUCCUCUUGUCAUAUCUACAUGGGCCAUACGUAUUAUUGUCCGAGUGUAUUUGUGGGUAGAGUUGGUUCAUCUUUAGUUAUGGUUUUGUAGCAGACAGAUAUAUAUUGGUUUCUAGUUUCCUUAGUAACCAUGUACAUUAGCUUCGUUUACAUAGAAACCUUGAUACUGAUACCGAUACUGACCACAAAAACACUAGGUAUGUACUUUAAAAUUUACAACAGUUUUCAUUUUGA